GGUAGUGGCGCGGGGCGGCGGCAGAGGGCAGCAGCGGCGCCUCCCAUGAUGCACCAUGAUGAACCGCGGCUCAAGAACCAUGCGGCCGGUGCGGCAGCCAUCUUGGAGUAUCUAGGUCGUCUCUCGUAGGGACACGUCCCUCAUUUCGUUUACCCCUUGAUGAAUGGGGAUGUUGGCAAGCAGUAUUGUGGGGUUUGCCCCCACACUCCUGAUACUCCUGGACCCAUGGCAGUAGAGUCUCCAGUGGAGCCUUGUAGCUCCUCCCCAGACACAACUAGUGGCACCAGUGGUCCCACAAGCCAAGCCCCUGGUAAAGCUGUGCAAGUUGACAACACAGUUCAAGACAUGGCAGCAGCUGGACAGAAUGCAGAUCAAGAGGGGAAUGCAAAGGCAUGCACUCCCCUGGGCAGCAGCCAGCAGAAUGGGGAAGUGUCUCCCGAGAGCAGUCGACCAAGUGCCUCCCCCCUCCCUGCCUCAGUGCCCACCCCAGACUCUAGUAGUAGCAAUGCUCCCUCUACUGAAAAUCUGGAAAAGCCAGAAGAACCGAUUCCUGAAAGUAGCAGUAAAGAGGACACAACUACAAGUGAGACACAGGGCACACAGACAACGCCAGCACAGACUCCCACUCCGAGUACGCCCACGGCAACCCCUCCAGCACAACCACAACAGCAGCCCACCCAGCAGCCUCAGCAACUCACCCGGGACCAGAUACAGCAGUUGGUGGCACAGCAAGUGGAAUAUUUCUUUUCUAGGGAGAACCUGAGCAACGACCCAUACCUGAUCUCUCAGAUGGACAGUGACCAGUAUGUGCCAGUUUAUAUACUGGCAAAUUGCUCACAAUUUAAGAGCAUCACUAAGGACCACAGCAUUAUUGUAGAAGCUCUCAAAGAAUCGCCUUUUGUCCAGCUAGACGAAGAAAAUAACAGAGUUCGGCCUAACUAUAAAAGAUGCAUUGUGAUUCUAAGAGAAAUUCCUGAGUCUACUCCAGUUGAAGAAAUAGAGGCGAUGUUCAAAAGUGACGAGUGCCCUAAGGUAGUUUCUUGUGAAUUUGUUCACAAUUCCUCUUGGUAUGUUACAUUUGAAUCUGAUGAAGACGCACAAAAAGCCUAUUGGUACCUCCGAGGUGUUGUCAAGACUUUCAAGGAUAAGCCCAUCCUUGCCAGAAUAAAGACAAAGCCAGUGUCCAGACUAGGUUGUUUAUCAGUAUUACCAUCAUAUGGAAAUAAAGGAGGAGGUGAGGGGAAGGAAGGAUCUGGUCCUCCCUCAACCCCAGGUUCAGCUGGGUUACCGGGAGGACCUGGAACUCCUGCCCCAAAUACCAAUUUCAACAACCCUGGGGGACAGCGGUUUAUGUAUUCAUCAACGCCUUCAACCGUUACUGCCAACUCGUACACAUAUUCUUACACAACGCCAGCUGCCUUUUUCUACCCAAACAUGGUGCAGUGGACAGCCCCAGGUGGGUUCUAUGACAUCAACGGGUUUCUGCAGUUCAAUGGACUCUCACCACAAGCUGCCUUCAAGCCCCCAAGUAACCAUAAUGUUAGAUAUAACGGUAACAGAAGGUAUCCUUCCAGGAACUCAAAACACCGUGAUGGCAGAUAUGAUAAAGUUGACAACCGUCAUAAUAGUGGGGCUGGCCAAGGAAGCGGAGGGAAUAGCAACAAUCAUGGAAAUCAUCAAAACCACUUCCCACAUUAUCCACCGCAGAGGCCACAUCCCCACCAUAGACCACAGUCCUCCCAGUCCCCAUCCCAAUCUACACACAGGAAUUCCCAGCCUCCCACUAGCACCACUGCCCCUCCUCCCCCUCCACCUCCCCCUCCACCACAGCCAUCAGCAGCAACAUCAGCUGGAACCAAUAACCAGAGCUUUGCUCAGUGCGAUCUCGCAAUAGCUAGUCAGUCUAACUUAUACACAUCAUUUAGCCCCCCAACGGGUCCAGCAACACCUGUGAUCCGGGCUGAAAAGAAAGAAGUGGUUACAGUCUCCAAGGCAUCUAGUAGCAGUAGCCCAUCACCUGUGUCAUUAGCACAGACGCCUGUGCAUACCACUACUGCCAGUCCUCCCUUCUCCAGUACCUCUAUGCUCAAUUCCUCAGUAUCCACAACUACUGUGGCAAGUGUGUCUGCCACUGUUGCAUCAACAACUUCAGCAGCCACAGUCAGUGUUGCUACCACCACAAGUACCUCACAUCAACCAGCCCAGCAGCACCAGGCACAUGGACCCACACAGCAGCAGCAUCAUGCUCAGCAUCAGGCUCCUGGUCCACCACACCGGAACAACUACAAUAAUGAUCAUUAUCAUGGUCAUUAUCAAUACCACCCUGGACCUAGGGACCCUCAACAACCUAGACAAUUUUUCAAAAACUGGUUUUGCCCCAGGAAUCGUGGUGUACGCCGACGACCACGAGGUCGGGAAGAGGAGACCCAGACAAGUGGUGGUAACCGUAGCAUGCCUCAACGGGGAGGUACCACACAGCCUCCUAGCAAUGACAACACAAAACAGGGAAAUAGCCAAGAAGCAACUCCUCCUCCUCAACCUCCUCAACCACAGUUUGACCUUGAGGCUGCAGCUUUUCCCCCACUUCCAGGUUCUGAUGAGCAAGUUCCAGUUGCAGAAGAGAAGAGACAGCCUGAAUCACUGCCUUCUGCAUGGGGAAGUGACACUCAGCGUUUCUCAGAUGUAAUGAAAGGAACUGCAAAACCCCGUGCACCAUCACAGUCCUCUGUGGGAGAGAAGGAUUUGCCUUUAGAACCCUCUAUUCCCUCCAGCAGUACUUCUCCUGCCCCUUCAGUCUCUGCAGCUGCAGUACCUCCAGUAGCCUCAACUCCAACAUCCACAGCAGCUACUACCCAAGCUAGUCAAACCUCAUCUACUACUACCACUUUACCAUCAUCUCAAGAUGUUCUAAGCACAGCACCAACCACAGUUUCAUUAUCCUCUAGCUGUUCCACAGUUUCCUCGUCUACAACUUCAAAUACCACCAGUAAUGUAGUUGCCAGUAGCAGCAGCAGUAGCAGCAGCAGCAGCAACAGUAGUAUUAAUAAAUUGGAGACACGACCUGUACCUAGGGAGCAGCGUGGAGGCCGGGAAGACAAACGGACAUUACCUAAUAGUGGGAUGAAAGAUAGGCGAGAUUAUACUCGGGACCAUCAGAGAGAUUUUUCACAGAGGGAAUCUGGUCGAUCAGGAAUGGGUAGAGAUCGUGAUCACAGACUUGGCCGUGAUAGCAACACUCGUACUGGAAAAGAAAACAGGCCAGUUCCAUCACGGCAGUGGAAGGAAGAGAAAGUGGAUGCAGAUGGCUGGAUCACAAAAGGGCCAAGGGAGUCCCGUGCUCACCGUGAGAUGAAUCGUGAACAGAGAGAAAGACAGGAGUCGAGGGAAGUAAGGGCUCAGCACCUAGUGAAUGGGGACUCUUCCCCCCCACCCUCUCCUAAGCCACAAAAGACAGACCCCAAAGCCUGCAAUGAAGAAGUUAGUGUUGAAGAAUCCAAACAAACUGCUCAGCCUCUCAACAAUAAUGAUGGGGAGCACAAAACCAGCUGGGCAAAAAUGGCAUUAGCCUCAAAAGAUUAUAUGGAGAGAUUGGCAGCUGAACUCAAGGAAAAGGAAGAGCAGGAGAAGAUCAAAAAGAUGAGGCUAAACACCAGACCGCAAACGAAACCUCAAGAGAAGGUUUUAGUGCCCCGAGAGCGUGAUGGCAAGCCCUUGAGGAGGGAUGGGCCACCUCGAGAAAACCGCCUCUCUGGUGAAAUGGGUUCUGCAAAGUUUAGGCCAAGAGACUCUGCAAGACCAAAGUCACCGAAGUGAAGGUGACAGUGAGAGAUCCACCGAGACAGAGGCCGCCCACCAGGCUGGGUAACCAUAGCCAGAGGAUCAAAAGGGAUGAGGAGAUACCUCUUCAAGUAUUGCUGCUUCCCUCACACAUACCAACAUGGAAGUCAGCAAUUUCUGCUGUUGGUGUCCUUUGGCAAGUGGUGCAAAAAGGGUAGCUAUAUACAGUGUAACUUCCCCCAGCCUGGUGACCCUGCACCCCACAUUGUUGCCCAGCAUUGUGUUGCUGCAUCAAAAGUGGCUGCAUCAUCCUUCUCCAGUGCCUAAGCUGUCUGCCAUUUAAUGUACAUAAUUAUGACAUAACCGUGCUGUUUGCUCCCGUAUGCAAUUUGCCCGUCUGGAGAGCGUGUGACCGGUGCCAAACGUGGGGCAAUCCUGCUUACUUGUACAGUUGAGAGUUUAUUUUUGACUAUGAUAGCCUUGUACAUUAUUGAAAAUUUGGAAAAGCUACAUCUGAAACUAUGUAGCUGCUUCUUUUGAGUGUGUAUAUGUGAGUGCUUGUCUCGUGGCUGAAUCAAAAUAAAGAACAGCCCUCUCAUUGCAUAUUGCUUAGAGGACAAAUAUUUAAAUUAACUUAAGACAUUGGUUCCUCAUAGAUUGAAAAUGAGGAUGUAAUUACUACAGAACAUUAUGGCCACAACUAUUUGUUUGUGGCAGUGUUGUCGUAAACAAACCUAAGGUUGCAUUAUUGGCACCUCUCAAUGUUUUGGCUGUGACCCAAGGAACAAGUCUUUCUUCUUGCUGAAGUGUACUUGAUCCAUGUAGAGGAAAAGAGGUGUUUAAUAUGUGAAUAUGUAUAUGAGGGUGUGAACUGGCCCAAAGGAGCAAGUCUACUCCUGCCACCCAUCCCCUGCUGCGACACAGGUUGUGAGUGUGCCAGUGACAAACACUUGUUUUAGACAAAUCUCUGGGGAUGUGAUUAUAACCAGCCAGGGAACCUAUUACAAAUUGGGACUUUUGUAUUGGUUUUGGCUGAUAUGCAAGUGAUAUAAAACAAAUGAAACUCCUAAAUCAGUGGUAAACUAGUGAUGUAAAGAGCAUUGUUUGACCAGCAGGUGUGUGACAAUAAAUGUGUUACUAGUUGGUUGUUUAUGAGUGUUUAACAUAGGAGAUUGCAUCCUGCAAAUGAGCUAGUACUGUGUUAAGAUCUCGAUGACUUCAAGAGUGAACAUGUACAGAGGUGAAUAAUGUCCAUAUUGAUAGUGACCCUAAUCUAGGGUUUGGUUUUAAGCGAUAUACAAUUGUUGACUUGGUAUACGGGAGUGAGUGAUAGAUUGCCUGGUAGGUGUAUGUUGGAAUACUGUGUCCUGAGCUUGGUUCUGUGUUGUACAAAACACAAUCUCGAUAACAUUUUCCUUUAAAGAAGUGCUCUUGUUAUAGAAGCAUUUAGACACUAUACCAGAGAUUUGGUUGUCAAUGAGUGUUGGAUAGUAAAGAAUUUAUUACAAAGUCAUGGCUUCCAUAUUUUCCAUUUGCCGUUGUAAUUGCCAAUAGUUGUGCUCGUCUGAAAUUGCUUAUUGGCCAGUGGGCAUGAAGCUUUAGCCCAAGUCACAUACUAAAGCUUUGCUGAAAAUGUGCUUGCAAAAUUUGAAUACCUAAUACCUCUCUAGUUUAGCCAGAGAUCCGAAGAGCCAGCCUCAAAAGACAUAGUUUCAUUUACUGUUAAUCUGGUGCGGAAGACAAGGUGAGUGCAACCUUUGGCCAAUAGCUUUGGACUACAGCUUUGAUCCUUCUAUGUGAGCACCAAGGCUUUAUUGCUGCAUGUUAGUGGUGUGAGGGGAAAAGUACCAAGACAGUAGGUCAUCCUGUUGUAAAGGAGAAAAUUAUUGGCCUUGACUUGUAUUGCACACCGUACUCUUAUUUACUUGGUAUUAUUUAUGUCUAGAAGUUUAUUGGUAUUCCAGUAUGCAUUUACUGAAUUAAAUCAUUGGAGGAUGGCAAUAGCUCUUCUGUUAAGGUUGUAAUCUUAUUAUCAAGACGAAGGUUGUCAUCUUCCAUUGAACCACCUAAAAUAGCACAAGACUAUUCAUCACAACGUCAUCAGAUUUUGCAGUUCGAGAUGUGUAGAAAGUCCAUGAUAGUUGGAAGUAGUAUAUUCAGGUUUUAUAAUGGCAAGACUGUAACGUCUUAGUCACCCAGUAAUCAUGGAAGUAAAAAAAGGGAGGUUCCUCCUGAGAAAAGUUGUUGCAAAUGCUGACACAUGUAGGCCUAUAACCCUCAUCUGUGUUGUCACUACUCAAUACUGCCUGUCAUUGUCACUUCAUUUAUGUUUUAAGCAUCAAAAAUCACAUAGGUAUAUAUAUAUAUAAUUUUUUUUUUUUUUUUUUUUUUUUCCCCCUUAAUUUUUCUUUUCUUUUCUGGGAUAGCAAAUCAUCUAUUACAUUAUAUUUAAUAAGUUAAUAUAAUGAUAACUUAAACAGUUCCUUAGUUUCUUUUGAUAUCCAGAGUCUAGAUAAUUUUUGAAGAAGCUACAGAAGGACUUGUUUGUUCGUUUUAAUGGUAAGUGAAAUGGAGCCAGGUUUAGUGACCUUCCUAUUUUCAAUCAGAUGGCAAACCCAAAUUUGUUCACAAAAAGGAUAACGAGACUCCCAGGUCCUCGAUGAAAAGAGGGAAGAAUAAGAUUAAAAAAAAAAAAGAAAAAAAAAAAGUAGAUGAAGAAAAUCAUGUGUUAGUGUUUCUGGUGUUUGCCUUUUUUUAUUAAUUUGUUGAAUUCGUGUGAGCUCGUUUGGAAACCUUUAUUUCACAUAUGCAAUUUUGUUCUAGUUUAGUUGUUAUUAGACCAAACAUGCCGUAACUUAUGAUACGACUAUAAUUAACUUGAAAUUGUAAGCAUUAUACAUGGAGGCAAAAUGUACAUGAAUGAGCUGAAGGGAGAAAUGCACUUUAGACUAUGCUAAUUAGACAUCCUAUUCAAUUCUAUAUAAAUAUAGGGAAAGUGAAGGAUUUUCUUUUUUUCAUUUUUUACAUCCCUGCAGCUCAUACCAUGUAUAAAAGACACGUACACGAGGCUGGGAGUUACAAAGCACAUUAGCUUCUGAAAAAUUAAACCUGGAUAGAAACUACCGCCUUGGCUCCUUUUGGUGCACCAACCCAUUUCAAGUUUCAAGAGUGGAAAGUCCUUCAUCUCGGACUCAGGGUGGAAUGUCUACCACUAGUACCUGAGAUAAAUAGCCCCCAAAGUAUACAUGUUUUUGGAUAUGAAGGUGUGAUCAUUUGUCAUGCCUUUCGUAACCAUCACCACGAUUUACAUAUAUUCUACUAGAGACUGUAGACUCUUUGGCUGGUGUGAGACCAUCACAGUUACUCAGGAACUCAGACCGUCAGAUGGCAGUGAAUGAGACCUCGUCUGGAGGUCGCUGUUGGGGUGCUGUCUGUCUCACUGAUUCUAGGGUGCUGAUUAUAUGUUGCAAGGAUAAUAUUUAUGCUUGUUUUAAACUGUAUGUAUCAUGAGAUUAUUUCUAAUUUUCAAGAGGAUGUGAAAACACAUGAAAUAUUGGACAAUGUCCAUGAGCUGGGUGUAAUUUGUUGAUGUGAUGCUACGAUAUGAUUCCACUGUAAUCUUGGUGAGGUGGUCCCGUGAAGGCUUCCCCCGUCAGCCCCUUGAGCUGGCGGGGGACGUGACUGUACUAUAACCAUCAACACGAUGUAAUAUUUGCUCUCAAAUGAUGUUAAUAAUCCUGAUAUUCUGUAUGCCUUGUUCUUCUUUUUGUUUCAAGUGGUUAUAUACAUAAUACUGAUGCCAUUAUGCAAGAUGUAUGAAAUGUGUGCGUGUGUGUGUGCGAUCUCAAACCUGUAUUUAACUUGACACUACAGAUGUAUAAAAAAUACACCAGCUCCUCGAGUGAUUCUCUGGACAGACUUUGUGAAGGAGUAAGCCAGGGUAUAUAAAGUAGUAGUCUGUAAGAACACUUCCAAUGCUGUCACUACGCCAUCACCACCUUUCUCUCACUCGCUCAACACAAAACAAAUUCUUUGUUUCUGUUAAAAAUUUAGUUUGAAAAUAAAUUUCGCAUGUGGUUUUCA